UGACUGAUGACCGGAAUCGUAUCAGUCUGAAAAUAAACGCAGUCGCGUUAGACAAAUCUCGAGCUAUCAAAAUUUUAAAUCAAAAUUUUAACAAAAUAACCGUCGCACACAUCACUAAAUUUUAACAUUUUUAACAUUUUAUAAUAUUAGCCGAUACAUACGAACACAGACAACACUCUAACAGCGAUAGAACACAUCGAACGCGAAAAAAGGCAAAUAAUACUGCAGACGACGACAAACUCAGGAGACACCCGAACGACACAAGUGUACCGCCGCCGCACAUACUUGGACGAUCCUUCGCAAUAACAACAAAAACAACAGUAACGACAUGGACGGCCUGAAACGUCAAGUGAUCACCGUGCACAUUGGACAAGCCGGCGUGCAGAUGGGAAACGCAGUGUGGAACCUUUACGGGAUGGAGCACGGGAUCGGGCGGGACGGGUGUCUGACGACGCCGGCGGGUCCGGUGAACGACGCGUGCCCGGCGGAACACUCGACGUUCUACAAGGAAACUGUGGCCGGCAAGUACAUACCGCGGACGGUCAUGGUUGACCUGGAGCCGACGGUGGUGGAUCAGAUCCGGUCGGGGCCCGACCGCGGCCUGUACCACCCGGACCAGCUGAUAUCCGGCAAGGAGGACGCGGCCAACAACUUCGCGCGCGGCUACCACACGGAGGGCCGGUCGUACCUGCAACAAGUGCUGGAGGGCAUCCGGCUGUUCGCCGAGUCCAGCGAGGGCGUGCAAGGGUUCAUCGUGUUCCACUCGAUGGGUGGCGGCACGGGGUCGGGCCUGACCAGUCUUGUGUCGGAAAGCCUGCGCCAGGACUACGCGAAGAAGAGCAACCUGGAGGUGCUCGUGUACCCGGCACCCAAGGUGUCCACGGCCGUGGUGGAACCGUACAACGCGUUGCUCGUGUCGCACAAGACGCUGGACACGACCGACUGCGCGUUCAUGGUGGACAACGAGGCGAUAUACGACAUCAGCGCCGGCAAACUGGACGUGGAACGGCCCAUGUACCCAAACUUGAACCGCAUCAUCAGCCAGGUGGUGUCGUCCAUCACCGCGUCGCUCCGGUUCCCGGGCACGCUGAACGUCGACAUUAACGAGUUCCAGACCAACCUGGUGCCGUUCCCGCGAGUGCACUUCCCGCUGCUGGCGUACGCUCCGUUCGCGUCCGCCCAGCGGUCCGCGCACCAGCGGCCUCCCAUCGUCGACCUGACCGCCGCUUGUUUCGAGCCCGGCAACCAGCUGUUCAAGCUCGACGAGAGCGAACACGCCGCCAGCAAGUACAUCGCGUGCUGCAUGCUGUAUCGCGGCGACGUGGUGGCAAAGGACAUCAACCACGCGAUACGGCACAUCCGCGACACCAAGGGCCUGGAGUUCGUCGAGUGGUGUCCGACCGGGUUCAAGGUGGGCAUCAACUGCCGACCGCCCGUGGCCGCAGUGUCUCCCGACGACGAGCUGGUGGGCGGCGGCCGGGCCGUGUGCAUGAUGUCUAACACGACGGCCAUAGCGGGCGCGUGGACGCGCCUGUGCCACAAGUUCGACCUGAUGUUCCGCAAACGGGCAUUCAUCCACUGGUACGAGAGCGAGGGCAUGGAGAAGGACGACUUCAUCCUGGCCCGGGAAAACAUCGAAGUCCUGCGACACGAUUACAGGGAGCUGGUGCCAACGCCCGCGACUACCAAAACCGAAUCCUUGGUGUCCGAUAAGACGUCCCCUGGGUUCCGGGGACUAGCCGAACGGUCUGGUCGCACGAAUUUCCUGCAAGGUGACUUCGAACCGUCCGCCAUCGCGGAAAUCUGAGCGUUCGAUUGUCAACACUAUGUGAUUCGUUUUUAAAUACAUUUUAACCGCGAUUGAAUAAAACGAGAUUUUUAACUUUUA